AUGGAAUCCAACAAACUGUGUGAAAUGUUAAGCGUCAGGAAUCAUUUGGGAGAAACUUACUUUCACGAGGUAUGUCGAACCGCCUUGCCAAGUCUUCUUGAUAGAGUCGCAAGAUGCCUGGAUGAUGAAAUUCCAACGAUUUUAGCAAUUAAAAACUACAACGGUGAGCAGUGUACUCACACAAUCGUUAAGUACGAAGAAAAGUAUGCGAAAGAAAUGAUGGAAACUGUUGUGGAUUUGGGAGCCGACAUCAACGGCCAAGAAGGAUGCGGCGGUUUUACUCCACUGCACUUGUGUGUCUGGCAGAAAAAUUAUAAGCUUGCAAGAUGGAUAUGUGGACAACGAAAAACCAACUUAGAAGCCAAGACCUACGCAAAAAAGACAGCGUAUCAGUUAGCUUACGAGAAAAAAGACGAUGAAAUGAUGAAGAUUUUGAAAAAGGCUGGAGCCAAGUGUGAUCCUCCUAAGGAUGAUGAUGAGUGA